AUGGUCAAGCGAUCAGCACAAUGCAAGUUCCCAGUGGCUAGGAUCAAGAAGAUCAUGCAAGCCGACGAAGACGUGGGCAAAGUCGCACAAGCAACACCGGUUUUGAUCUCCAAGGCGUUGGAGCUUUUUAUGGCAAGCAUCGUCGAAGAGACAGUGAAAGAGACACGUAGCAGAGGAGCGAAGAAGAUGACUCCGUACCAUGUCAAGAGAACGGUGCACACCAACGAAACGUUUGACUUCCUCAAAGACAUUGUCGCCAAAGUCCCCGAUCCGGUCGAGACCGACUCUUCAGCAGCAGCAACAGCCACAGCAGCAGCCGGCGACAAUCGAGGCGGAAAACGCAGAAAGACGGCCAAGAACGCCGACGAGUCGGAUUGA